AUGUCCAGCGACUCCAAGAUCGGACACGUAGCUCUCGUUACUGGUGCUGCCCAGGGUAUUGGGCGAUCGAUCGCUUUACGCCUUGCCAAGGACGGAUGUGAUCUCGCCGUGAACGACAUCCCGGGGAAGAUCCAGGAGUUGAUUGCGUUACAGGCUGAGAUCAAAGGACAACAUUCGCGGAGAUGCGUUGUCGUGACAGGCGACGUUUCAGUGGAGGACGAUGUGCGGAAAGUCUUUGAAGAAGUCGUGGCUCAGCUUGGGGGGCUUGAUAUCAUGGUAGCAAACGCCGGAAUAUGCGCAAUAAAGCCUUUCGUGGAUAUUUCUGUCAACGAUCUCGACAAGAUGUUCGCCGUGAACCUUCGCGGAGUAUUCUUAUGCUAUCAGUUUGCUGCAAGGCAAAUGAUCAAACAAGGUCGCGGCGGCAAAAUCAUAGGUGCUUCGUCCGAAGCUGGAAAGCAAGGACACCCGUUGAUGACCUCGUACUGUGCUAUGAAGUUCGCCGUCCGUGGUCUUACGCAAGCGGUCGCCACCGAGCUUGGAGCGCACAACAUCAACGUUAACGCUUACGCACCGGGAGUCAUCCUGACGGAUAUGCAACAAGCUAUCGCGAACCAUAAACCUGAUCCCGAUGCGUUCCUCAACGAAGAGAGCAAUAAGCCUGCCCUUCGACGGAAUGGAACUGCCGAGGAUGUAGCCUCUGUAGUAUCUUAUCUAGCAUCUGAAAACUCUGGAUAUAUCACCGGUACGCUGUCUUGUAUUAGCUGA